AAACCUAUUGACUUUUAUUUCAAGAACUGGAUUCUCUCUACAGUUGCAGUUCAGAAGUCAGACAGUUCUAUGAAUUUUAUUAGCCAUCACUCUCCACCUAUAUUAUAGGUAGCAGCAGCCACAAGGCUCCACACAAAACUCAAAGAUUGACUUCUGUGCAGAAAAAAACACAACAAGCAAGAAAAAGAAAAAAAGUUUUUUGUCUUUAUACUCCUUAAGGAGUGUACUAAAUCAGAAAAAUACCUAAUACCCUUUUCUCUCUCUGUCCUCACAUUUAUCUGUAAUCUUCAAGAUACUUGUGAAUUAUUGGUACCUUUUUAUUCUCCCUUUUUCUUGAAUUUUUGCUUUGAAUUCUUGAAUUUGGUGUCCAUUAGAAAGUUGGCUGCUUUCUUGGGUAUGCUGUCUUUGGUUUUUUGAGGGGCUCUAGAGAAAGUUUAGAAACAGUCGCCCAAUAUUUAAUUCUUGAUUUGGUCUGCUAGUUGUGCUACAAUUGUUGCACAAAAUCAGUUUCUUUUUUUACUUAAGCAAUGAAUCUGAAGUUGGAAGUUGGGACAAAGUUCAGCUCUGGCUCUCUUAUAGGUAAGUGCUAACCAAUUCUCCCAAUUUCCAAAUUCAGCUUAUGGUAUAAGGGGAGGUGAUUUUUCCUAAGGUUUGUGUUUCUGUUUUUUGUAUGUCUUGAAAUUCUGUUUUUCGUCUGGGGGGUUUAGGAAACAGUUUGUUUUUGUACCUUUGAAUAGUAUUCUGUUGCUUUCACUUUUGAAUACUUGUGGUCACCUUCAAUUCUAGUUGGCACCUUUAUUUUGUGAGUUCAAAAAAGUGAACAUUUUUAAUAAUGGAACCUCAAAAAGUAGUUACUAUGGCAAAAUCACCUGUUGUUUAUGACCCUUUGAAACCAAAAUCUGAUUCUAUUGGGGUUCUUGAUGUUUAUGUACAUCAAGCUAGAGAUAUUCAUAACAUAUGCAUAUAUCAUAAACAAGAUGUGUAUGCCAAGAUUUCCUUAACUAAUGAUCCAGAAGAAACAGUUUCGACCGAUACUAUUAAUGGUGGGGGAAAGAAUCCAGUUUUUAAUCAGAGUCGUCGACUCAAUGUCAAGACUGUUGAAACAUCAGUGAGAUGUGAGAUUUGGAUGAUGAGUAGGGUUAAGAAUUAUUUGCAAGACCAGUUGUUGGGAUUUACCUUAGUUCCUCUUUGUGAUGUUCUUGCUGAGAAUGGUAAGCUAGAACAGGAAUUCUCCUUGUCGUCGAGUGAUCUCUUCCAUUCGCCAUCCGGUUUUGUGCAAUUGACACUAACAUAUACUGGUGCAACCCCAGAAGUCUUAGAGAUUUCCACACCAGGCCAUUCUUUGGCUGCAGCAAAUGACUGUGACGAAGGUCGUGGAAUCGCUGACAGUAUUCCUUGUGAAUUGGUUAACAUUGAAUUCCCUGAUCCCAAAAUUGUGAAUGAAAAUGAAAGAAUGGUUACUGAGUAUUAUUCAAUUCCCUGCACUGAAUUGGAUAGUCAAAGCUCUGAGCAUAUUGACUCCACGGAAAAUGGUGAUCACAUCUCUCCCGAGAAUGUUGAGCGUACACCAGAAAGCGCGGUUGUUGAAGGUCAAGUUGCCACUGAAAUCAAGAAGUUAGAGAGAUCAAACUCAAUCCCAAUAAACUCAUCAUCUGUUUGUGACACCAAACAAACAUCAAACUCUCCGAGCGAGGAGUCUGUGUUGCCUCUGAAGGAUGGUAGUAAGGACAGUGCCAAAGAGGUCGAUAGCACCAUGCCUGCUGUUGCUGCUAGCACGUUCACAACGCCAGUUGUCAACGUGAGCAUUGUACCAGAGCAAAAGGUUGUGCAGCAAGAGAUAGUCGAUAUGUAUAUGAAAAGCAUGCAGCAAUUCACGGAAGCUCUAGCAAAGAUGAAACUUCCUCUGGACAUGGAAAGUGGAUCAGCCGUCCAAAAUGGAAAUGACAACACAGAGAGCUCCGGUUCAAGUGAGAAACCACAAGCGCGUCCUAGCGGCCAAAGCCCAAGAGUGUUUUAUGGUAGCAGAGCCUUCUUCUGAACUGUAGUUCCAUUUGAAAAGGUUCACAAAAAGAAGUUGCUUGUAUUUUUAAUCUGCCUGAAUUUACUAGCUUGUAGUUGAGCAUAGUCUGAAAUAUUUCCAGUUUAAUUAGGAUGAUCAGGAAGAGGUUUUCCUUGAACUUCGGCCUUUUCUGUAUUAUGAAUUGUGUUACUUAAUGUGACCCUUUCCUUGGUUCCUGUCAAUUAACAAUCCACUGUCUUUACAUC